AUGCAGUUCACUACUCUCGUCGCUCUUCUUGCUUCCAGUGUUGCGGUCAAUGCCAUGCCAGGUGGCAAUGGCUGGGCCUGGUCAAAGUCAAGUUGCAUUACCAAGUCCACUUGCUCUAAAACCACUGUCCCCUUCACUUCCGUCUUCAGCACUCCUGAGACCUCCGUUUCCACUUGCGUGACCAGCUACCCAUUCACCCACACCGGUGUCGCGACCAGCGUUUACACAACAACUGAGCCCUCUGCUGAGGUUGGCACGUCGACUAAGACGGUCUACAGCACCGUCACCAAGUCCAGUGUCUGGUCUACCUACACUGAAGUCUGCACCAAGCAGCCAGUUGUCGGUACAAGCACCUAUACCGAGACCGUGUCCGUGGUCACUGCAGACCCCUUCACCUCUACCGUCUAUGUGACCGAGACCAAGACUACCGCAGUUCCUACGACCUCUAUUGGCUACUCUGCCGCCACCGACUACAAGACCAUCACUACCAACGUUCCUUACACCACUACUGGCUGGAGCACCGAGAGCAAGUGUGAGAGCACUACUUCUUGGUCGACUUGGGGAGGUUGGUAA